UAUGGAGUUUCUCACGGUCGUCCUUAUCAAGUAAUUAACUCGGAGACCUUCGUGGAACAAUAGUCUCAACCGACGCUGGACAGGAUCUAUUACAAGCAGCUCCCAAACACCAACAUAACAUCGAUACUCAACGCUGCCGUGACGCCAGGGGGUGAACGUGUGGUCAAACAUAUAUUCGCUCAAUGAAUGACCUCACCCAUGACGAUGCCAGUUCACACAAACACAACACGAGUCAUCUCACUCAUCAUAAACAUCAGAUGUAUCUGGCAGCCUCCUCUUCACUGCCUUUCCUCGGCCACAUCUGGGAUACUGACUCCGUACAGGUUCUGGCAACAGCGUCAUUGGUGUCCGCCAUUGCCACGGUGUUGUUCGAGUUCAUCAAUGGUUAUUUCUUCUACAAGGAACAGAGCGCGUCUUACAGCUCCACACAGCGACAACGAAAGAAACUCCACGUCUGCCUCACAUUUCUCUACAUUAUCCGAGUCCUGGUGAGCUAUCUGCUGAUGUUAGCUGUUAUGUCAUUCAAUGUAUGGAUAUUCAUUUGUGUGAUUCUCGGAUCCGCCAUUGGCUACUUUACUGUGCAACCAGUGCUCAGAUACUACUUCCGGCGGAUGUUACAGCCAAGUCAUGUGACUGCAAGGGGUGACCAAAAAAACGAAAUGUUGGAAACCGACCCAAUUAGGCCGAAAAAUGAUUUUGAUGAGACGGUGCCGAUGUAUGUUGGACAGAAAGAAUCUGCACAAAUGUGUAAUAUGGACGUUGGACACAGACAUACUGGACAAGACUACAACACGGAUGAUAUGUAAAGAAUUCUAUAUUCAUGUGCAUUUUCCGGAAGUGAAGCUCAGUUACGUUUUUGCACGACAAGAUGCUGCAGCAGUAGUCUUCAACAAACGCGACCUUGACCUUCGAAACCCCAGCGUACGUUACUCGGUUUCAACUUUGUAUGUUUGUUUGUUCGUUGUUUAACGCAGAAACAAGGUUUCGAAUCAGCGACCAGCGGCUUCUGGCACGACUUAGGGUCGCAACUCUGCUAAAGUUGCCAAAUUGGAGAGUGAGUACUUUAGUAUUCUGCCAUGACUUCGUGAAAUACACGAAUUUGAAUGGACAAUCAAUAAUAUCACAAAAAACAUUAGACAUAAUCAAUUUGGAUUUUUUUAAAAAUGCGUCUGAUUUUAUGACCGCUUCACUGCGCACUUAUUCAAACGACAACACUACAAUCUUCUCAAAGUUGCACAAAUGUAAAAACUGGCAAGUUCGCCUCUUUCGACAUUUCAAACUGUUCUGUAACUGUCAACAACUACUCUUAAGAAAAUAUUGAGGUCAGGCCACUCGAUGUAGUGUUGACAGGGGUACUGUAGCACGUCUUGCCUAACAGUUAACCUUGUUUCUAGUGGCCUUUCCCCCAUAAGCAAUCUGUUGCUUAUUUCAACCUAUUCAAUUGUUGCAGUGAAAAAUAUUUGUUUCUUUUGACGAAUAUUUUUUACUUACAAUGAUUAGAAAACGUAUCAAAGGAACCCACAUCCCCUUCACAGACGAGUUCAAUUCAACUUUGUGUCAUGCCAGAUUAUACAGUCUUCUGUGCAAGGCACGAACUAGUUCGAUUUUGAAAUAAUCGUCUAUGGUAGAACGGAGAUAAACUGACUGUGUUUGAAAAGCAGAUUAAUGUUAGACCACGUUUAUAGCCUCUUCGCGUUCAGUUUCAAAUGAAAUGUAGAGGCUAUGAGUUCAGUGUGACAUUAAUCUAGUUUUCAAACAGUAGGUACGAAACAUGGUUUGGUUUGACUUCUCGGCCCGUGUCUGAAUUCCAUUAACAUGUUACAUAUCCUAAAACUGAUUAAUUAGCAAAUCUCGCUGCACUGCGCGCGACA